UGUAAAAUUUUAUUUCCAAGAAAAUUUUUGACAUAUUCUGAAAUUUUCUUUUAGUAUGGUUAAAUAAAUUACGAACAAGUUCUAAAUUUUCACAAAUAGCCCAACCUUCUCUGCAGUAUUACAAUGGAAUUAUUGAAAGACCACCUAACCAAACAUCGAGAAAAAGCUGGUGUUCAGCCUGCUAAACUCACCAGACUGCAAGAAAUUGAUAAGAAGAUCGCAGAAAUUGGACAGAAACAAAGUCGUGUCGAAGAGUGUACUGAUCCAAAAAUCUGUAGAUUAGUUGAAAACGCAAGUCCAGAUUACAGGAAAUUACGAACACAUUAUACAGAAGAUCUCGCCAAAUUCAGGAAACAACAAAAAGAGAAUGACAGAAGCAGUAGUCGUCAAGAGCGCCAAGAUGAAAGAGAAGAAAAAACACUUAAGGUUACUGACUUACAUAGCUCUGACGUAAAUGUGGCUUCGAAAAGAAAACUAUCACUUACUGUAGCCGCUGAUCAUGAGAGAUAUAUAAUCAAUUCUCAUCGUUCAAAUGCAGGUUAUGAUGUAUCAAAAGAUAAAACUUCUGCUAAAGCAAUGUUUGCUUCUGCCAAAUCAGAUCAGUCUAUAAAUCCUCCAAAACGUAGUGGUAAAAUGGACAUUGAUGCAUUCUUUAAUGAGGAUAAUGAUGCGCAAGGAUUUUUGCCCGGAAGACCACUCAACAAAAAGAAAUGUUUUGUUAGAGAUCCAAAAUGUGUUAAGGACUUGCUUGCAAUGGACAGUGAAGAUGAGGAAAAAGAUGACGAUUCUGAUUCUGAUGCGAGUGAUACUGUUGAAGAAUUACUGAAAACGGCCCAAAUUAUAGCGCGUUCACAUAAUACUACAAGAAACUUGUUCGAUCGUUGUAUUACCUGUACGGAAAGUAUUGAUGAUCUUGAUGCAAAUUAUUUAAAAGAAGUAAUUGAAAAAAAGACGAGGACGGGGUAUCGUUUAAUGCGAGACAACGCGAUCUCUCUCAGCAAUGUGGCUAAUAGAUUAAAACAAAAAAGGGAUGAACUUCUUCCGCCAAAAUUGCCUAAGAAGAUUAACGCUGAGAAUGUUGACAAUACAGUGAUAUGGAACCGAUAUUCAGAUAAAUCAAGAGAUUAAAAAAGAAUACUUUUAAAGUUUCUAAAAAGAUUAUAUAUUUUAAAUUUAACUUUCAAUGCAAUAAGAAGUAACUUAUUUUUGUAGUAAUAAAUAGAAUUAAGACUUUAAAGCUUUCUAGUACACACAUCAAUAAACUUUUUCUGGUA